CCUUUGAAGUGCAACCCGUAAUUCUCGGAUUCUAUAUAUUUUUUAAUUUUUAAUGGGCUGCAAUUGGUAGCGGUGGUUAUAUGUUUUACCGGCCUUUUUUUCACCCGUUCCUCCAAUAAAUAAACCCGUCUUUCUUCCCCCGAUUCUGCCUCAUUUUCUGACCGCCAACACCAUUAACGUACACAGGGGCUCCUUCUCCCCAGUCCGCAAUAAGUCAUGGCCGUCCUGGCGUCCUCCGCUUUGAGUCCGAGAAACCUGAAACUAUAACCCUUUGCUAACACACAGUCAAUCACCGUUACGCAGAGUACGUCGGGAACUUGACUCCCAAAUCAAACUACCGGAUCGUCUCCAGUCCAUCAACCCCCUUUUCCCUUCACAAAUAUCAAUGGCGACGUAGGCAAGGCAAGUACUUCUUUAUUUAUUCCAGUUAAUCCUUCCUUAUGCCGUUUGUUAGUGGGUCCAGACUACUAAUUGUGAUUGUAAACAUGGAGCCCACUGACAUUGUUAAUAGUUUAAUACGACUAAUAGGUCUAAGUUUGUUUUGAGUUCUUUGUCAAAAUUCCAACUUACAAGUUAAUUGUCAUCAAAAUCACCCUGGUCACAGUGGCCCUCAAUCAAACAAUUGUACGAACGAGCAUUUGGAGAAUGACUAAGCAUUGCCAUGUCAUUGCAAAAUUCGAUUGGUGAUACCAACAUAAAUGCAGAGGAUUGCGUAUAAAAAUAUGUAACAUUAGGGUUGCAAAAUUUUCAUGUACCACAAAAGCAAAUAUGUUCAUCAAUAAUGAAAACAUGAUGUAGGCAUCACCCGAUUGAACAACCUUCCAACUCAUUAGAACAACCAUAAAAUUCAGAGUCAAACACCACAACUUCAAUGUAUAUAUCGAAGAAUUUCCAACAUCUACACUAUCAUUAAACUCAUGGAAUUUGAUCUAAAAAAAACUAUGGAGGAGAUGACAACAACACAAACAAGGUAAUCUCUCAAACUUUUUACUUUUAGCCCCAUUUGAAAAUUAUAUUUAGACACUUUAUGUAAAGAAAUUACAUGGUUAAGUUCAUGAGUUUCUAAAUAGUGACUUCAACUCUAAAUAGUUAUGUUUUUUCCUCAUGGUUUCUUAAUGAAAGAAGACUACAAUUAAACGAAUGGGAUAGUUCACACUUGGUCGGCUCAAAUAUAAAUGCUUCUUGAUCGCGAUUAGCAAUGCUGUGCAGUAGGGAUUAUGAUUCAUAUAAAGACAUCAAACACUGCGGUUUGGGCAACACAUAUUUUUACACGUGUUUAUCACAUUAACUUCAUCACUUGAAUGCAUGAUUUUGCUAUUGAAUAUGAAAGGGAAGUUGAGCCGAACCACAUGAUAACAUCAACAAGAUAAGAUCUCAUGCCAAUUGAUACGCCCCUGGGGGUGUAUUUUUAUCAAAGUAACGCAGCAAACAAUCAAUCCAAAGAUUGAUUGAACUCGAAUCAAGAACGAAGCGCUCUUAAUACGAAAUUGGGAUAAAACGGAACCAACGGACAAUUCCACACCUGGGGAAUGCUCGUAUGGUAUAAAAGGAUAGCUGCUCGACCACGAUUGAAGAGGAUAUUCAAUCGAUACAAAGCUCACAAGCUUGGAAUCCACCAAACUCAAACAAGUCGCAACUUGCACAAAACCAAAGGUUUGUUUUUCGAUUAAUCAAAGUCUGAAUUUUACAACGAAAUAGAACGCUAUUUAAAGGCAAAUAUAACUAGGAAACAGUUAAGGUAAAAUUCUACACUAAAAAGGACACAAAAUUCGGGUUUAAACUCCCUUUCUUCAAGCGCAAGUAAGCUGCCAGCAACAGUCCAAAAGCAGCUUUCGUACUAACUUCGCGCCUUUCGUUCGAGGCCUUCCCGAACUCCAAUUCUUCAACCAAUUCCUUCCCUCUGUUCACAAACAUACCUAGUUUCACGUUGUGGAAGCCUUUGGACUUGAAUAAGAUCCAUACUCCUCGAAUUAAGCUCCAAAGUAGGCUUCACAAAACAGUUUCCUGCCUUAGUCAUUUUCUGGCAGUUUUCCAGUUUUAAGGUAGCAACUUUGAGGACUUGGAAAACAACCUUAAUGACAUCUUCUGGACCCAUAAAGCAUACCAUUGGAAAGAUGGUAACUUUAUCUGCAAAACAAACCCUUAACAUUGAAUUUCCAAUAAGCCAAUUGAGAGAACCAUGCCUCCAAAGUAUGUACCCUGAACACGGAUUUUGACUUAGCCAAAUUCUGCCCUUCUUCUUCCCAACUUCGAUAGCUUCUUUGUCAAGUAAUAAAAACGUGUAGAGUUGGCCAUUUAGGAUCAUAUCACCAAUCUCUUCGCAAUGAUGUUAAUUCAAUACCAUUACCUAUAUUGAAGAGUGGCAAACAUACUAUUUGGGACCUCUUAGAUUUCGAUUGAUAAGAUCCACAACACUGUACAACCUUCAUCCAUGAAACAACUGUAUCAUGGUCAUGGAUCAUCUUCCAUGUUUCUAAUAUGGUUAUCAAUUGUCCCUCUUUUCGCUAUAUUUUCUUAUUUAUGUCCUUGAUGCUCUAAGAUAUAUUAAUUACUUUUAUGUUGUUUCACAUUGAUGAUAUUUUUCUUUCAACAUUAAUAUACCUAAUAUACUAAAAUUUUGGAUGACAAAACCAAUGCAAAUAAGGGGUUGGUCAUAGAUAUAUGAGACACAUGAACGAAUGACUAAAUCACACAGAGCCAAAAGUGAAAUGAAAAGGAGAAAAUGAAAAUAACGCGGCCAUGGCCGGGCUCAAAGCUAGUUUAUUAUAGCAAUGGUUUGUUGCAGGGGUUCUAAAACCCUUGCUAGAGCCAAACUAAACAUAAUCGCAUUCUCUUUCCUUUCCGAACAUUGCUUUUGGAAAUGCCUCUUCACUAUUUCCGAUUUUGGUUCUUCUUCUUUUCUGUCCCUGUUCGUUGAGAGAUUCCGUUGGAGCCAAAAAGAUUGAAAAUCACUGUGGAGCGAGAGAUACAGCUCGGAGUAUCACGAUAGAGCGGGAGAGAUUGGGGAAUAAUAAGACACUUCACUAGGAUCUUCUUCUUUUCUUUCCGGCUUCGGUAUCAUCCAAAAAACAACGAACGCGAUUCCGAUCUCCCUCCUCGCUCGCUCCGCUUGAAAGGCGACUCCAUUCUCCUCACUCGAUCCGGCUGAAGAGGCGAUUCUAUGGUAUUCCUCGCUUACUCGGGCUAAGAGGUAAUACUCUGAUUUCUUUUUCUUGCUCGCUCUCCCCUUCCCUCUCUCGCGCGAGUGAGCUCCGAUUAGGUUUCUUAGGGUUUGUUGUGCGGUUGCAGUAGUGAGUACAUUUAGAACAUGUGAUUCAGUUUUGUGUCAUGAUUUUAAUGUCUUAUCUUCUCGGUAGCCUUUUAGAUGUGUUAGAUUUCUAUAUCGUACGUAUUGAUUUACAUCUCAUCAAUACAAUAUAUGGUCGCUAUCAUUUCACUAAUACCUUGUGAAACCAAAAUCAGUUUAGCAGCCCUACCCACAGGAGGGGAAACAAACCGCUAAAAGCCCCAAUUCCGUCCAGCGCGGAGACAGGUAGUGGGGAAUUGGGAAUCAACCUUAAUCUCGUCGUCCACCGUCGCCGGCCUGGUUGUACCCAUUAUCCUGCCACUCAAGCUUUGAAGAUCUGCAACUCCAUUGAAGCGACACUAUACGCUAUUAUACUCCUCCCAAUCCCGCAAUCCCAAUUGAAUUCGGAUCCCACCCUACCCAUCGCCCGAACUAGUUUUGGCGAUCGCACGGUCGUCGGAGCUCUGCCGAAACAAUGGGGCUUCUCAGCAUCAUCAGAAAGAUCAAGCGGAAAGAGAAGGAAAUGCGUAUUCUCAUGGUUGGCCUGGACAACUCCGGGAAGACGACGAUUGUCCUGAAGAUUAAUGGAGAAGACACCAGCGGCAUCAGUCCUACCCUAGGCUUCAACAUCAAGACCAUCACUUACCACAAGUAUAUGUUGAAUAUAUGGGAUGUUGGUGGGCAGAAAACGAUAAGGUCGUAUUGGAGGAACUACUUCGAGCAAACUGAUGGCCUGGUUUGGGUUGUGGAUAGUUCAGAUCUUAGAAGGCUAGGUGAUUGCAAAAUGGAACUUGAUAAUCUGUUGAAGGAAGAGAGGCUAUCUGGAGCUUCUUUGCUGAUAUUUGCUAACAAGCAAGAUAUCAAUGGGGCUCUUACACCCGAUGAAAUCGCCAAGGUACUGAACUUGGAUAACAUGGACAGAACCAGGCAUUGGAAGAUUAUCGGUUGUAGCGCCUAUACGGGUGAAGGGCUGCUUGAGGGAUUCGACUGGCUAGUUCAAGAUAUCGCCUCCAGAAUCUAUGUGCUUGACUAAAUCAUACGAAGAUGUGGACCUUUUGUUCUUGGUUUCCUUUUGUAUUUGUGAGGAUUUUGGAUCUUAGGAAGUGAGUGUUUUGAUCUUAGUCUCGUAGCCUGAACUUAAGCGCUCGCAGGCUUGGUUUUUGAACUUACUGGACCUUGAGAUGCAACUCCUAACUUUGUACUGCUUAGUGCUAAAAUGAGGUAAAAUCAUGUACUUCAUUCACAUUCCACAUUAUAGGGCCCGCUUUAUUUCAGAGAGCUACACAUCUGAAGCCAAGUUCAAGUUCAACGGAUUUAAUUACAGAAUCCACUACGAGCUGCGUCCUCCUGCAAAUCGCAGGCCGCUUCCCAUCAGGCCAAGACCCGCCUUAAUCUCCUGAACAAGCCUGGCAAAUUCCUCAACCAUCAAAACCUCCUGUUUAUGUGUGUGAAUCUGCAGAGAGGCACAGAUUAGGCCUUGUCGAAAAUGGCAACAUCGAUAAUUAUAUAUGUCUUCCAUUCCAUUCGGUAUUCUCAAUGCUGUCAAUAUGUUUUUCAAACAAGGGAGGGAGCAAAAGUGAAGCUUUAGCUUUACUUCUCUUAAUCUUUCCGACGAAUUUGGGAAUUCGGAUGGGAGAUGAGCUCCUUCAUCUUGGCCGUUGGGUGGUGGUGUCCAUGAACUAAACUCUGUUCCUUUCACAAGUUUCCAAAGCCUAGUCCAAUUCCUCCAAAUCAACGGCGCCAGGCUUCUCCGAGACAACCACCCGCUCCGGCAAGUGCUGCCCCACGGCACUGGCACGUAGACCAUAUUAUCCACAGCCAGAUCGUCGACCACUUCUUCAUGGCUGCUGCGUAUCCUGACCGCCUCCGGUAACUCGUUUGCCACAGCAAUCUGCUUGGUUUCUUCAGGGGGAAGCACUGGAAAUGGCGUAAAGAUUGGUGGCAGGGGAUAACAGUAUGGCUCUGAUUACUCUUCGCUAGCCUGGUGCAUCCAAUUAUCCCAAAUCGCACUACACAAUCUGCUGCCAUUUUUUCUCCCAUUUUCUUACUAUUCACUUUCUCCUGUAUGUCUUAAGAUUCUGGGUUGUGAGUUGUUGAAUGAUGGAAAUGUUACCAAAAGCCGGAAGAGAGAGGAGGGGAACGAGCUGAUGAUGAGUUGGCGGUUUUUGGAACCCAAAUGGGGUAAGUUUUGAUAAGAUUGUUGAAGGAGAGUUUGCUAUUUAACUGCAGAGCAACUGAGUUAACAUACGCAAAAAAAAAAAAACUCCAUCUUAGAAACAGAGGAUAACUGCUACAAGUUGGAGGAAGAAAAGCAGAGAUUUCGUAGGCAUUAUACAGACUUAAGCAUAUGUCUGUCUACAUUUGGAGAUGUCAAAUAAAUAUAAACUGAGUUAUUAGGCCUUCAGAGGCUGCAAGACUUCAUCAAUGAAUUGCUGGGUAAGAGCGGUUAGAAGCCCCAUGACAGUAUCGCUAUUCCCGAUUUGCAAGGCAAAAGCCAUUCAAGUUUCAUUAACAAGAAUCACAAGGGCAGAUUCUGGUAAUGCAAAUAAGGUUCUUUGUAAACCACUAGAAAGCCGAAAGGGGAAGGAGAAAGGCGAACCACUGCUUCAACGAAGGGCACUGUUAAUGGAUGUUCCAGCAUUAGACCUCUGGCCACUUUGAAAGUUAUUCCUUCCUCAAUCUUCAAAACAUCAUGACUUGGUCAAUGAUUGAGCUCAAUAGGGAACAAGUAGAUCGGGCGAAAGAAAUGAUUUCAUGGCAGAAAUGUUUACCAAGCUAUCAAUGAUUUCGUCGGGUAUCUCAUGGAAAUAUACCUCUGCUAUCAAUGUUUACCAAGCUAUCAAUGAUUGAGCUCAAUAGGGAACAAGGACAGAUCCUACAACUGCAGCAUGGCUACCAGAAUAGCCUGCAAGCAACAGCUGUUAGGAAACUCAAUCCCAAAUGAAUAUCAGAGAUGGGU